UCUUAUGGAUCCUUUAGUUUCCUAUCCUAGCACAUCUGCAUUAGUCACCCGCCAAGCUUCCAGUAACGGCGGAAUUGCACUGUAACUGCAUGCACACUUGCUUCGUGCUUUUGGUGUGGCUCUGACUUCUGAAAUGACAUGUGACGCGGAUUUGUGAGGCACUUUAUUACCUGCUAAUAAAACCGGCAAGCAGCUUUUUAAACAUUAUUAAUUAAUGGUAAGGUUCUAACGGAUUUACGGUAAUGAGCACUCACUAUAGAGUAUAGACACGGAAACAGUUGCUCAAGGCAGUUGUCAACGAAGAACCGAUUCGGCCGAUCUAAUGAGUCGGUAAUACAUAUAACACAGUGUGCUAUUUUCGACCGGCUGAUUUUUUGCUUUCACACUUUUUGAGCAUUGCCCAAUUCCCUCCACUAGCAAGGCGAUUGCUCCUGGGUUCAUCUUACAUCAUAGUGUGACAAAAUUAUCGAAUUUUCCGGACGUGCAGCUUAUUAAGGGAACAUACAAGCCAUGGACAUCUGUCGCCGUCUUCUGCCGACCAUGGUUUUUCUCGCUGCAGCUAACCAUGCUGCAAUCGGAAUAACCGCAACCGAACAUGUCCCGUUUCCUAAAUUCUCCGCCGAACCAAUGACUCUUGAACAAUGCCAAGCGCAGUUUACAGACAACUGCGAAGCGCCGCUGGCCAGUAUUGCUGAUUGCCCGAUGAGCCAAAAUCUGCAAAUCAGCUGCAACAACACUGCAUCAGCCACAGAAAUUCAACGAAUGGCGAAGGCCCUGUCACAAACGCCACUGAAACCUGUCCUUGUCAUGCUGUACGACGGUCAUCAGAUCUUCAGCGACAAUUUUGCUGCCGUGCGGCGUCAGGUCGUAAUGUUUCAGAUUUUUAACUGCACUUCCAAUCGGGUAACCGGAAAACUGCCUUCAUUAAAAUUUGCUAAUUUAUUGGAGUUUGGUCCAGUUAACUGCUAUGACUUGGUCAUCCAAAGGUCAGACUUUUGGCAGUCUACGCAGCUGCGAAUAAUUGAGCUAAUCAACUCUACAAUAGCAAUUCUAGAAAGGGAUACCUUUACCGAUUUGCCGGCUUUGCGAAUGCUUUCACUAGAGAGUUAUUUAAAUGCCAUGGAAGUGUUCCCGGAUGAAAUGCGAGAAUAUUUGAAAAGAUUGCACUGCGGCUGCGAAUACACAUGGUUUCGGCAGUGGUGGAGCGGAAACAAGAACCUGUUGCAACAAGCCAACGAAGGUGACAUUUAUACGAUCGGAUUGGAGUCUAACGUUCCUCGGAAUAAAAGUGACGUUUAUCUGCCUGUCGAUUGUGCAGCCGAUCCGUUCCCGGUGGGAAAUGCGUCUAUUGAUUUCACGCAGGAGCGGUACUCCAUUAACGAAGAUUUCUACCAGGACAAAGGGCACCAGAACUGUACAGCCGAAGACAUGGAUCCCGAUGAUUCGUUCCCUGAUUUUGUCACCGAGCCGAUGAACUCAGUAGAAGCCGCCGUACGACUUCUGGGCUUGUGUGAUCCAGCCUGGCACGCAGAAUCCUUGAAUGAUACCAAUUAUUCAUAUGUGAUGUUAGACAUCUGCAACAACAGCCAAACUAUGUUUUAUCAACUGCGCCAACAGGCACAGAAAAUUGCUAAACUACGUCCACGGCAAAUACAAAUUCAGUUCAAGGAAACUACGCCCCUGACUUUCGAACAUAUGUCGCCCAUCCGCAAGGAAAUCGUGGUUUGCUACCUAAUGGAGUGCUCAACCUCACGAGCUACUCGAAUGCUGCCAACCUACCGUUUGACGAAUUUGCUGCAGUACAUCGUUUUUGGGGGCAAAGACUUGGACGUGAAAACGAGUGAUUUUCAGUUUUCACGGAAACUGCGAAUGAUUUCCUUCGUCGUAUCCACAAUCCGGACUCUGGAGGAAGCGACAUUUACCAAUCUGCCGGCUCUGAAAGCGCUGACAUUAGAAAGUGGGCUUCAUAUGACCACAGUCGUGCCAGAAUACGGUCCAGACAUGCGGGAAUAUUUGAGGCGUUUGCACUGCAGCUGUGAAUUCGCAUGGUUUAGACGCUGGCGGAUGAACAGCACGUCGUUGCUGCAAUCGACGAAUGACAAUACGGUCACCAGAGUUUUCCGUCUUCCUGGUUUCUCCCCUGGCUUCGUGAAUAACCAAACACACCAGUACGUGCCGAUUGAUUGCGCCGCUGCUAUUCCUUCCGGACCCGAACAUGUUAAUGUCAAGCAGGUUGAAUAUUCGUUAAACGUUGAUAAUUGCUAAUUGACAAGAUUGGGCAAUCUUUUGCACGCUUCCAUUUUCAGUUGCGCUUGCAUUAUUUGGGUGUUACGCUUUCCGUUACCUGUUGCGACUUGCGACCAUGUUGCACAUUAACUAGCUGCAAGAUUUAAUGCACAUAUACAGUAUACCUUUGUGGCAAUAAAAUUAUUGUAAAAUCACUUUGAUAAGAGCUUGUUCAAUCUCCGAAGUACAGUACAUGCUCACAAAAGCGCCGCUUUUU